CUCGACUCGCAGACGAGGAUCGCAUGGUUGAUCGAGGGUCCUGGGCACGAGAGUCCCAGGAGAGCUGUUGCUUCGCGUAGGCCCAAUCUGAGGCAAGGACGGGGUCGCGAAACAGGAUUGCGUGUUUGAAACGUUUGUUGAUCACGCAGGAGCCGCCAGAGCAGCCUUGCUUCCGAACACAUAAUCUGCCUGGACAAAACAAUUCUCAACAACUACCACGAACCGAAACAAGAAUCGACCUCCCAAAAGGCGCAACUGUGUAAACACAAAUCGCAUAACCAAUAUUUCAAGCUGCGAAUCAUGGCGACCGAGGUACCACCCGAGUCCGCUGCGGACGCUGGAGUCGACACCACACCUCUGGCUGUGAACGACGAACGCAGAAAUAGUUUGGAGAAGCAUUUGCAGCUUCGGCCAGAGGAGUCAGAUCUCAAGAACAGGCAUAUCUUGCUGGACACCACUGCUGCGCCCGCCCUCCAAGCAAGAGCUGCUGAGCUCGAACGACAGAGGAUUACCGACAACUUGAAGAAGGGUCUCUCUCACCGUCCCGAGAAAGAUACGCUCAUUCAGCGUAACAUUCUUCCAGACUCCAACGCAGCACCCGGUAUCCAGGGCCAACAGAAAGAGCUGGAGAAGCACAUGCGCGCAGACAGUCUUGAGAAGCAUCUGGCAGCUCGUCCCAAUAAAGAGGAGCUGUUGAAAGAAGGCAUCUUGAAGGAUGAGAAGCCCGCCUCAGACGCAUGAUGCAGGACUCUUUUCACGCACUCAGUUCGAAGACGCAUGCGCUGCACGUGGAGACUGAUUUAUCUCCAGUGAACAGCAACGUUGCAGCAUUAAACCAAACGGCAGUGGAAGAAGUUGUCGUGGGCGAACGGCGCAGAAUGCUCUUUUGGGACAGAACACUACCAGUCCGCUGGGGAGUCAUUGUCUGCAGAGACAACGGCAACAGCAGCAAUGCAAUAACAGAAGUAGAGCACGUUGGGCGUAUAUAUAUAUCAAUAUGUGGGCAGUCCUGCGGGUCAUCGUAUUGCAAGAUUGCCGUUCAACGUUCGUGGCUGCACGUGAGAAUGGAGGCGAUGAUGGAACCAACAGGUAUU